AUGAGUCUACAUAUCGCCUCGAUUUGGCUAGGCCUCACAAUCCUAUAUGGCAUUUAUCGUUUUUACCUUUACCCUUCUCUGUUUUCACCGUUGCGCCACAUUCCUAAAGCACAAGCAGACUGGCGCUUUCGGUUGUAUCAAUGGGUAUACACCGAACCCAGCCCCAUCAGGCUAAGCCAAUGGGUGAAAGACACACAAUACGAGGGCCUCGUGCGGUACUCAGGCCUUGGAGGCACAGAACGUGUCCUUCCACUCAGCUCUGAUGCAGUCAAGGAGGUCCUUGUUACGAAAGCAUACUCCUGCUUUGAAAGACCACGCCUUUCACGAGAGCGGCUAGGAGCCCUCCUUGGCAAUGGCUUACUUGCCAUUGAUGAUAAUCAGCACCGGGCACACAAACGCAAAUUGCUCCCAGCGUUUGCAUUCCGUCAUAUCCGACACUUGUAUCCGGUCUUCUGGACAAAAGCUUGCGAGCUGGUCAAUGGCCUCGAGAUGGCGGUUACUUCUUCCACAGACAUCGAACUUCGUCCAUGGACGUCCCGCGCUGCUCUCGAUGUCAUAGGUGUAGCUGCAUGGGGAAAAGACUUUGGCGCUCUGGCAAACCCCAACUCAGAGGUGGUGAGCAAAUAUCGAUCCAUACAGCAAGGUUCCCCGCGUGCGAACAGACAAGGAUACCUUAUACAUGCUGCAGCUUUGGUCAUACCUAUGAAGAUGCUCACACGUCUGUUCCCUUGCGAGUUUUUCAAUAACGUUGCAGAGGGUAAGAAGGCCAUUCGUGGAGCAUGUGCGCAAGCCAUAGAUUUGAAACGCAACACAGAGAAAUCGGAGAAGGCAGAGGAGGCAGGGAAAAAACGGAAUGCAAAUAUAUCAUCAAGGAGCGACAUCCUCGGCCUAGCAUUAUCAAUUGAAGAGUUCGACGAUGAGGUUCUCACUGGACACAUGCUGAACAUCCUCGCUGCCGGCCACGAGACGUCCAGCCUGGCAGCAACAUGGGCGUGUUACUUGCUCUGCAAACAUCCCGAAAUUCAAACUCGCUUGCGCGCCGAGAUCCGCUCCACGUUGCCAUCACCUUCAGCUACGAUAAGCGAAACGGGAACCGAGGUCUCUGCCGAUAUUCUCGAAAACAUGCCUUUUCUUCGAGCUGUAUCCCGCGAGUCUCUACGCAUCAUUCCUUCUGUGCCUCUUGUGCGUCGGGAAGCUUCAAAGGACACGACCAUACUUGACUAUGUUAUACCUGCCGGAACUAGCGUUAUUCCUAUGGCAUGGGUGCUACACAGGUCAACGAGCGAAUGGGGACCUGACGCGGCGGAGUUCAACCCUGAACGAUGGCUCCAACCUGGGCAAGAAGCGACUGGUGGCGCCAAAAGUACGUUCUCAGACUUGAGCUUCUCAACAGGGCCUCGUAGUUGCAUUGGGGAAGGAUUUGCGAAAGGUGAGGCUUUGGCGUUGCUUGCCGCCAUUGUGGGCAAAUUUGAACUAGAAUUAGCGCCCGAGUCAGACAUUGAGUUAGAGAGGAUGAACCUGUUCUGGGGUAUAGCAGUAAAGCCCAUUUCACUGAAGUUUCGAAUGAGAACAUUAAAUGGAUGGUAAAGCGUAUGUGGGACUAGCUAGGACCGAGUUAAAAGCAAUGAUUGGAGUUGAAUUUCGCUGCUAGUACUAUGUGUAACAAAACGGAUGUGACGAAGGGGUCCUAGAGACAAUGGAUUAUGUGA